AUGAGCACUGGCGGCGGGGCAGGACCAUUGGUCCCAACAUUCCAUGGCUUCGUUCAUAACAGCAUGGAUGGACUCGUCCUGUUCGAGGCGUGUCUAAGUGGGAAACUGCACCACGUGCCACGACGACCGCACGAUCGAGAACGAAGCUCACUCAUCAAAAGCGGCAGCAUCUUCAUCUACGAGGAGAACGCGUCCGGAAUCAAGAGAUGGACCGACGGUGUUGCCUGGAGCCCGAGUCGCAUCUUGGGCAACUUCCUGAUCUAUCGCGAGUUGGAGAAGCCGUUUCCGCCUGGCGAGAAGAAACGCGCCAUGAAGCGUAAGAGGACGAGCAUGCCGGGCGAGCCGUACCCGCGUCGCGAUUCAGAUGAUAACGAAGGUCCAGAACUCAACACUCCGCUCACUCCUCCCACGCCGAACGUUGACGGCGAAGUCAAGCCCGAGAUCCCCAGCAGCGAUCAAGACAAGGAAUUGGAAAGGUCACUGAUUGGAUCCUUGGUCGACAGCUACGGCUUCAGACCCGACGGUCUUGUUAAGAAGACGAUGAGCAUUUCUGUCAAUGGCAUAUCACACCACAUGGUCUCUUACUACAAGGUCGACGAUGUGAAGAACAAUCUCCUCCCACGGCCACUGUCCGACCCAAGACUCCAGAACAUCUCUGUGCGACCCGAGCUGUACCUGAAGCAAAAUUUCCGGGCACCAGUCGAGGAGACAGAGCACUACGCGAUUGACGGCCACAUGAAUGCUCAUCCCCAGAUGAUCUACAGCCCGAUGGUACAGCCGUACGGUAUGGCACCUAGCCAGUAUAUGGGCGCCCGCCAGUAUCCAGGCAUGUACGGAAGCACCACCGGAUCAUCGAUGUACGGAGCCAUGACUGCCGCGUCGUGGCCAACCCAGCAGGCUACAGCCGGUGCUAUGGGUUACGGCUCACAUCAAAGCUAUGGCAGCCAACCCUACCCAAGCUACUACAAGCCAACGGAUCAAGGGAACGGGUCCGGAGUCAAGACAGAGUCUCAACAUUCGACAUCUCAAGCUAUGCCCUACGGAAGUCAAUACGCUCCAUCGUAUCCCAACAUGCAGAGGAGCAAUUCAGUCUCCGCCCCUUCUAUGAUGCAAUCAUCGUAUCAAACCCCAGUUCAGCCUCAUUCCUCGACUUUCGGAACGAUGGGACCAGGGAGUGGCCGCCCGUCGUACAGUGGACAAAGCAUGAACAGCCCGUCUGCCAAUGGACAGUCCCAGGGACCCUAUGGCAGUGCAUCGACCGCGCCGUACGCCGUGCGUUCUCCAACUCAGAGUUACAGCAUGCAGAGUGCACCCCAGAGCGCCGUCAGCCACUCUCCUCAUCCUUCCAUGAAGAGUCCGCAAUCUGCCCAUCCCGGAACCUCUAGCGAUCCAAACGGUCAAUUGCACUCUGGAGGCAUGCCCUACCGGUCUGGAUCAUACGCGGUUCCAUCUGCUCCACAAACCGGUCACAGCGAUAUGAACGGUCUGGGAAUCAGCAGCACUUCCAGCUACCCCCCGCCAAGUCAGAAUGGCUCCGGCUAUAGCUACGGAUCCACCGGGCACGCGCAAACGAGUGGUCCAUAUCCAGCAUAG